UUUGGGCUCACCCGAUGCUUUUCCCCUCCCCCACAGCCCUCGUCCUCUUGGUCGGAUCUUCUCUCUCGAGUCUUGUCCAGGCCGCGCCGCCACAGCCACGCCGCCUAGUGCUAUAGUUCUUCCCUCCCCUCCCCUCCCUCCAUCCCACCGGCCGCCUGCGUCCAAUCCGUCCUGUUGAUUCCGAAUUUUCAAUCAAUCUUUCUAACAACAGCUAGCUUCUUCUCCCCCUUUGUGCACGCGGUUCCUUGAUCCGCUUGGUUCCGCAGAUGGAGAUGCCGACGGGUUCUUCGCAGGCAGGUGGCCGCUUCCCUGUGCCGCACAAGUCCCUCUCCUUGGAUAUCAAGGGCAACAAGACUGACAUUGUUAUCAGCAAAUACGAAGAUAACUUUCUGGUCAUUGUGACACAGAUUGGAUGCAUGGGAACCAUAUUAGCUGCUAAGAAAGAUGAAAGUGUUUUCUCUGAUCCAACCUACAAUGUAUCUGUUCUUUUUGGGAAGAGGGAUGAGCCACUCCUGCUAGCUUGUGCACGCCAACUUAUCGAGCAUAUAAGUGGUAGUGGCUCAGCUCGGCCGUUGGUGAUCUCUCUUGGUUUGAAGGAUCAUUCCCAGGGAACAUUGAAAGAUGUAGUUUCUGCCAUUGUUGACAACCGCCUAUGGUGAUAACUUUGCAAAGGUUGGGAUGGGCAUUUACAGUUUCGGUUCAUCUACAGAGAUAUUGACAUACACAAGCUGUCAGAGCAAAACCAGCCCUUCCUUACCAUGCAUGAAUCUCUAGAAACUAUGUAAUUACU